CUUCAUUUGUUCUAUAGUAGAUAAGGAUAUAAACGUAAACUAGGAAAAGACAACAUAAUGCUUUUAAUUAGCUUUAUGUUGAUAUUUGGAGGACUCCAAGCAGCAUAUGCAAGGGAUAAGAAAACAGAACCAGGCCGCCCCGAACUUCCUAGUUUGGAGAAACGUUUCUUUGAUUUCGACUUGCGCAUCGAGAGGAAAUUGGCACAAAUGGAAAACACCUUUUUAGAGAAGUUGAAUUCUCUGGAGACAUUCUAUAAGCGGAAAUUGGCUAAAAUAGAGAAUAAACUUUUUGAAAGUGAAAAGUUGCAAGCAUCUACAGAAAUGUUCUAUAGCAAAAAGUUGGCUGAGGUAAAGAAUAGCUGUGACAGCAUUGAAGAAAAACUUCAUUUAUCACAGAAAAUGAACGACAUCAUAUUAAACAAAGUUGAGAAAAGACUAAACAAUAUUGAAGAAAGACUGAUCGAGGCCGUACACUCAAAUGAAAACAAGAUAAAUGAAUUGGAAAGAAAUGUCUACCGUACACAAGAAAAACAUAACUCUGAUUUUAAACUCGUUGAAAAACAGCUCAGUGAAAUAUAUCAAAAACAAUAUGAUCAUGUGGGAAGAAAAACAAUUGCAAAAGCUGAAAAUACUGAACUGAAAUAUGACAAAGUGAUUCCAAACAGCGGCGAAGUAAAUGAAGAAAAUGUCUCAACACAAAGAACCGUUGGAUAUGCCAUAAACGAAAGUGAUACCGAAGUUUUAAAUGUCAAAGAUAGAAAAUCAGAUGACACAGUGUAUACCUCCCUGAAACGUCGCCUAACAUCUUCUGGAAACAGUCGUAUUGCAUUUACAGCUUAUGUAUCUGAUACUGUCACAGAACUAGGUAAACAGCAUCCUAUACCAUUCGAUCAAGUCAUGCUCAACGAAGGUCAUGCAUUUGACACUGUGUUGCAUGCCUUCAUUUGUCCAGUAGAUGGCAUAUACAUGUUCCAAUCGGCAGCACUGAGCACAAUUACUCACUCGAUACAAACUGAAAUUGUAAAAGAUGGUGCGACACUAGUUGUAAUGUACGCAGCAGGCGCUACUGGAAGUCAUGGUCACGACCAGGGCUUCAAUUCUGCCAUCAUUCAGUGCAACCAAGGUGAAAGAGUGUGGGUGAGAGUACAUGAGCAUUACGGUUAUGAUCUUUUCGGUGCUCGGUACACAACAUUCUCUGGAUAUCUGCUUUGGGAAAUAUAACGAUAUGUAGAUAUGUCUUGCACUGAAAAAUUCAAAAGAAUUGUACAUGAAUAAACC